CAACCAAAUAAAAGUGCAUUACAUCAGCGCAUGUACCAGAGCCCUUCUGUAAAAGGAGACGAGACAGAUGUUGGUACAUCUUUUCUGCUUCACUCAAAUAUCCGUCUGCUCCACCCCCAGCAAACUUUACUCUGCCUGAAGCCCCUAACGAGUUUUGCCCUGCUACGAAAAGCCCUCCAAAGACCCCAGGGUGGAUCUACCGCUGCCACAUCACCAUGCAGUCUUCUCUUGCCGUCUGCAUCCUCGCUGCUCUCCUGGCUACGGGGGCCUGUCUGCAGUGUCCACAUUGUGAAGGAGACGGAACCAGCUGCACGGGCAACCUACGGACCUGCCCUGCUGGGCAAAACUCUUGUGGCGUCGUUCUGACAGAAAUUACACUCGCGGGAGAGAAGAUCCAGACCAUUUUCAAGGGCUGUGCGACGUCCAGCCAAUGUAAAGCCGGCUUCGUCUCGAUGAAUUUUGGGAAGGGAAUGAUAACAAGGACGAGCAUCGCCUGCUGCAUGACACAUUCCUGCACACCACAGCCUGUUAAAGUGCCCCCGGCAGACCCCAAACCCAAUGGCCGGCGCUGCCCUGGCUGCUACUCUCUGUCCUCUGAGCAAUGCCGUGAAGAGACCGUAGCGUGUGCUGGAAUCGAGAACCAGUGUGUCGACAUCGCCGGGCCCCAAAUAUCUGGUGUAUCUGCCACAAAGACCUUCAUGAAGGGCUGUGGUACUGAGUAUGUCUGUGCCCAGGUAAAUGCGGGUUCUGGGACCUUUGCAGGGAUCCAUAUAAAUGUAACCACGGCCAGAUGCACACCAGCCCCCGUCAUGUCCAGCACAGCUCCAGGACCAGCCGGGCUGCUCUUCCCAGCCCUCGCUGGGCUCCUCCUGCUGAAGUUUCUCUCCUGAUUCCCUACCCAGUGCAAUGGCCACGCUGCACUCAGUAACACCCAGGCUGCCUUUGUCCGCCCCUCUCCCCACCCAGGGGCCCUGGGCUCCCGGCCGGAUUCGCUUCCCCUUUAUAUUGGUCCGCUUAAUAAAAGAAACUGGAGACCAAA